UUGUUUUUGAGGGCUGAGCAAUCUCCGGUCUUUGAUCAGAGUAGAGGAUUCAAACUCGUGUGCGUGAGGACCCUAAUGCAGUAAAAAAUUGCUAGGGUCGCAAUUUUACGACACUACAAGACCUAACUCAAAUUUGAAGUGGGAAUUCCCUCCUAUGUUGGCUCAAGUCGGAAAAUCAAUCAAUUAAAUCAACUGGCAAGUAUAUAAGAGGGAUUUCCCCUCUCAUUUGACAUCACAAGAAAUCCUAUCGAAUCUAUAAUCAAGCAUCAAGCAUUCAAGAGCAAUUGAGCAUUUUCAGUCUUCCUUCAAGCUUUGGAGUAGCAAUAGAGACAAGAUUUCAAGCAUUGAAGAGGAGAUCAAUAGUCUACUUCAUGAAACCCUAAUUCAAUGUGGAGACAAACAAAACUUCACAAAGAGGUAUAAGCAUUUCAAUUUCAUUCAAUUUUACAUCCCCUUAAAGAGGAGGAUCUCUACUUUCAGUCAUUUCAUUUACAUUAUUUCAACCACUUGGUUAAUUCCAAAACCGAGGUUUGAUCUGAAGACAAACCUGUAUUCCCAACACAUUUCCCUUUCUUUUGUGUGUGCAGAAAACAGGUGUGCAACUGUACUUCUGGAAUCAAGCUGCAUUCACAGACAUAAAAACCCUUUUUGAUGCGCGGAAAGUUCGGAGGACCGAUAGGAGGGCGCCCCUGUCCGGACACACGGUCCCUGCAACUUUUGUUGGAUUUCCCAGAGCAGCUCCGACUCAUCUCAAACUUCUCAUAUCCAGGUUGGAAAGGAAACGUCAUGAUUGAUAAUUAAGAGGUGUAGACUUUUGGUCUAUUAUUCUCGGCUUCCUGUGCCUAUGUAGUUUUUGGCUUUAUAAAUACAAAAGUCUUUACAAAGUUUGGUCUACACAAAUCAGAGUGAAAAAGCUCUUUGUUCACCUUGGAGAAGGAUAAUCAUGCAUAUUAAGUGCUUGGUUCUGGGUGCUGGUCAGGAGGUUGGAAAAAGCUGUUUAGUUGUCACAAUAGGUAGCAAAAGGAUAAUGUUUGAUUGCGGCAUGCACAUGGGCUUCCAGGAUCAACGGCGAUAUCCUGAUUUCUCAAAUAUAUCCAAAAUCGGGGAUUUCACUAACAGCAUUAGUUGUGUUAUAAUUUCACAUUUUCAUUUGGACCAUAUAGGCGCCCUUCCAUACUUCACUGAGGUUCUUGGAUAUGAAGGACCCAUCUAUAUGACUUACCCCACUAAGGCGCUUGCACCUUUAAUGUUGGAAGACUAUCGUAAAGUUAUGGUUGAUAGAAGAGGGGAAGAUGAACAAUUUAGCGUCCUUCAAAUUCACCAAUGUAUGAAGAAAGUUACAGCUGUGGAUUUGAAACAAACGGUGCAAGUUGAUGCAGAUCUCCAGAUUAGAGCUUACUAUGCAGGACAUGUUCUUGGUGCUGCUAUGUUUUAUGUUAAAGUUGGAGAUAACAGUGUUGUGUACACGGGCGAUUAUAAUAUGACUCCUGAUAGACAUCUAGGAGCUGCUCAAAUAGAUCGUCUAUGCCCUGAUCUUCUUAUAACAGAGUCAACCUAUGCAACAACAGUUCGUGAUUCAAAACAUGCUCGUGAAAGAGAAUUUCUUAAAGCUGUUCAUACUUGCGUUGCUGCAGGGGGGAAGGUUCUCAUUCCAGUCUUUGCAUUGGGGAGAGCACAGGAGCUUUGCAUAUUGCUGGAUGACUACUGGGAGCGCAUGAAUUUAAAGGUUCCCAUCUACUUUUCAGCAGGUUUAACGAUACAAGCUAACAUAUAUUACAAAUUACUUAUCAGUUGGACAAACCAAAAGAUCAAAGAUACAUAUGUUACUCGGAAUACAUUUGACUUCAAACAUGUCUCAAACUUCGAUCGCUCACAAAUAAAUGCACCUGGGCCAUGUGUGCUUUUUGCUACGCCUGGAAUGAUAAGUGGUGGGCUUUCUUUAGAUGUGUUUAAAGAGUGGGCACCAUCAGAGAAGAAUCUUAUCACCUUACCUGGAUAUUGCAUAGCUGGAACUGUUGGACACAAAUUGAUGUCAGGAAAAUCUACAAGAGUCAAGGUGGACAAUAGAACACACAUUGAAGUUCGUUGUCAGGUGCAUAUGUUAUCAUUCAGUGCCCAUACAGAUGCAAAAGGCAUCAUGGACCUUGUGAAGCAUGUUUCUCCACGGCAUACAAUUCUUGUUCAUGGGGAAAAGCCUAAAAUGGCCUUGCUAAAGACCAGGAUUUCCUCUGAGCUGGGAAUUCCAUGUUAUGAUCCUACGAACAAUGAAACUAUUGUUGUUCCUUGCACUCAUGCUGUUAAAGUUGAUGCCACAAAGCAAUUUCUAAGCAACAAUAUGUGCAUGGCUAAAUGCAUGAAUCAAGAAAAAGUUGCCCAAUUGGACCUAGGCAUGCAGCAUACAAAAAUUCUUCAAAAUCUAAUCACCAGAGAUAGAAUAUCAGCUGAGGGUAUUGUUCUCAUGGAAAAUGCACAAAAAGCUAAAGUUCUCCAUCCUUCAGAAGCAUCAGAUGCAUUUAUAGACGAAGGCCAUAAAGUUAGGUUCAGAUGUUGCUGUCCCGUUUACAUUGGUGCAGGCAAUGACACAAACCCAAAAAAUUUGUGUGAUUCUGAGAGUGAAUCAUGUGCCAUUAAAGAACAUACAGAACCAUUAAGAAAGAAACAUUGUUUCAAGUCCCAUGAUAAUGUGACUGCUGACAUUGAGCAAGAGCCUGGUAUACAUCAUGGUCAUAAAUUUUCAUUUGCUAUGCAAACUUUGGCAAUGGAUUGCCCUUCAGAGGUGAUAGAUGAUGGAAAUAAGGGAGCGUCAUCUAUGAAUAUGAAUGCUACUGUCAAUUUGUCGUCAGAUAAUGGUUUUCCAUUUUCAUAUAAAAGACUCGAUUUACUUCAUUGUGUAUAUCUACAGUUAGUAAGAUGCCUGGGAGGUUUGGCUCUUCAGGAACAUGAGGAUCACAUACAAGGGAAGUCACUUCGUAUUCAAAUUUGUUCAGAUGAGAAAUGUUUUUAUAGGAUAUGUGAUUGUCCUGAGAAAGGUAGACAAGCAGCUAUCUUAUGCUGCAGUUGGGAUGAGGAGGACAAUGGACUUGCAAACUGUGUAGUUACUUUACUUAGAGGUUCGCAGUUAAACCUAGACUGACUCAUUUAAAAUUUGAGCGGACAGUCGACAAUAUUUAACUGGAAGUUCUAUUAAUUCAUAGAAACUUUCAAGGUAAAAAAUGUGUGUUAUUUUGUGUUAGCAGUCUCUAUUCAUCAGAGAAUGUUUUUUCACUGUUGGCUCACCGUGUAUGAAUCUAAUUGACUAAUCUUAUAUCUUUCA